GCAAGCAAGGCUUGCUGUGCUGCUGCUGCUGCUGGUGGUGGUGAUGGUGGUGGGACUGCUCCCGCUUGGUGCUCUUCCUCUUGCUCUUGCUGCUCCUCCUUUCCCCAAACACCAUGACAAUAAUACCCCAAAAGCAGCGUGAAGGAGUGCUACACUGUGGAGGCUUCUCCUGCAGAAGGAAGCAAGAUGGCUACCUUGUGGCUUUUGCUGUGAAGAAUGCCGAGCCUUAUUAAAACCCGACUUUGAGUGGUGCUAACUGAAAACAAAAGGCCUCAGAAGAGGAAGCAAAGAGUUCUAAAGGGAGAUCUAGAAAACAAACCAGUAAAUGGCUGCAGAGCAGAUCUCAUGGAAUGUGUUGCCUACAGCCAAGGUGAAAAACACAAGUUGAAACCAAACCAGUUACUGCUCUGGGAAAAUGUACAAACAAAUGAAAACGGAAGUAUGACUGGCUUAGAAACGGAGAAGUGGACACAAAAUGAAAAGCCAUCACUUAGUGUCCAUGUGAAUGGUGAUCUCUGUAGAGCUGGGACAAGGAAUGAGAACUCAAAAUAUGCUGAAAAAAAUGCAAAGGUGGUUUAUUCUUCCAGUUUAUUAGAUGAACCCAAAAAAUUACUUGCACAAACUGUUAGAAAUGGCAUUAAAAGCAUACCUUACUCACCAGCAGAAUGUGAUGUAUCACUGAAAAAAACAGACGUGAGCAUAACUGCAGAUCUGGCAAACAGCUGCAAAGAAAGCCACUCAGGUGCCUCUUCGAGUGGCACUGCUGCAUUGAACAAUAACAGCACUUUGCCAGCUGGAACAUAUGGUGCUCUUCCGGAAAAGAAGGAUCAUGUUCUAGCACAGCAGCCAGAAAGCUCUAAUGUCAUUCAGGAAUCUGAGAACUCGCUUUUGCAAACCAAUUCACUUACAAAUCUGCAGGACAAGCCACUUCACACUCCUGUGAUUGAAAAAAGUGGCUGUCUUGAUGAUGGUGCUUCAAAUAUUCCAAGAAAAGAUCCCCAAUCUGAAGAUUUGUCACUCCAGUCGACUUUUCUAUCUCUUAUUAAAAAUCGAAAUUUAACUGUGGAACAGGUGGUUGCAAUUGAGGCGUUAACACGUUUGUCAGAAGUCCCUUUGGGAGCUCCUUUGCCAGGUAAAACUGAAAGAGUUCAGUGUACAGAGCAGCAAAUCCCACAUUCACUGAACAAUUACAAAAAGGAUAGCUCUUGUUCCUUGACAACUUCUACAUUGAAAGCACUGAAAGGGACUUCCUCACAAAAAGAUCAUCAGCUCUUUCCUCAUGUUCCUCAACAAAGAAAAAUCCUUCCUAGGAGUUUGCUUUACAAUGGUCAAGGUGCUAUUUCUGAAUUUUCCAAUAAAUCCCCAGGUCCAUCUAGUUUAUUGCGUCGAUUACAUUGCUCCCCAUGGGAUGGCAAACCUUUCUCUACAUUGGUGUCUGGUGGAAAUUCAGGCCAUACUACCAAGAAAUAUCCUCUCCACCAUAAAGCUGCCAUUGGUCCAUGUACCAAAAACUCAAGUACUGUCAAACAAUGGAGAAACAAAGUUGAGAUGCUUGGAAAAUGGGAGGGUAAACCUGUUCAUGGCCUAAACUCAAAAAGUAAUUCUGUAAUUAGGGGCAGCAUUCAUAGCCAAGAUGAGAAGGAGGUAGCCACCCAGUUAACUCAAUUGGCAGCAAUAAUUGAAUCAAGCAAAACAAGCCCCGACCAGAAGGCAUCCCUUUUCAGUCGAAUACCAUCUGAUAUGCAAUCAAAACAUAAACAGGAUCAGUGCCUAUUGCAGAAGAAACAAUCAGUGUUUGUAAGGAACAAUUAUGGCUCAUUGUUAGUGAAGCAAAGGCAACCGACACGGAAAAAUGAUAAACCAGUACCAAGGGCAAAAAGAUUGAAAAAGAAGCUUCAGCUAAUGCCUGACCAACAAAAUCAGCUGCAACAGCAGUGCCAACAUAAUGAAUUACAGGACAUACAGAAAAAGCCUUCUCGACUACGCAAGCUUGGUCGGAUUGUUUCACAAGAUACAAAGUUAACUGUUUUGGGGAAAAAACCAAUCAAAGCCAAAGGGCAAAGGGCAAGGAAGCGGAGUAUUUUGCCAGCACAACAAAAAACAGCUGCAUUAUUUCUCCCCAAAACUCAGAUAAUAUUCCACAGGCCUUUACCUGUCUUAAUGCAGGAUAAAAUAAAAGACAAGCUAUUUGGCCAUGAAAUGGUGCCUGAGCACAUCAAAAUGAUGGGCUAUGAUGCUACACAAGGCACCAAUACGCCAAGUGGUGCCCUGCAACAUAGUGGCCUACUCUCCCAUAAUCUUCCGACUGUUUCUCACUUAGAAGCAAAAUCCUAUUUGAACCAAGGAAAUGAAAACAUACAGAUGUUUACAGCAAAAGACAAGAAUUCUCAGGUACAGCAAACUAUGAAUUUGGCUCAGAUGCAUCCUUUGCCUCAGACUUUUAGUCAAACAGCAGGCGACACAUGCAAGGAUAACCUUGUGAAACUCCAACAGCAUGCUGUAGAGAAACAAAAAAGUCAGAAUCUGCAACCAAUUCCCGUUAAUUCUGGUGCUGUCCCUCCAGGGGAUACCAUAGAGGCUCUCAGGAAUGCUGAGUGUGUAAAUGAAACUAAAUUUCCAUCAGGAAGAAACUUGGAAGCUGAGAACCCACAGGAUAAAGGGAAUGCAGGAUGUUCUCCAGUGAAAAACACACUCAGUAGUUUUCUUGAAUCUCCUAUGAAGUUCUUGGACACCCCUACAAAGAAUCUAAUUGAUACACCUACCAAGAAAGGGCAGACAGAUUUACCAUCGUGUGAUUGUGUUGAACAAAUUAUAGAGAAGGAUGAAGGGCCGUAUUAUACACACCUUGGAACAGGACCAAGUGUUGCUGCAGUUAGGGAAAUAAUGGAGAACAGGUAUGGAGCAAAAGGAAGUGCUGUAAGAAUAGAAGUAGUGGUGUACACAGGCAAAGAAGGAAAAAGUUCCCAGGGGUGUCCGAUUGCCAAGUGGGUGAUACGAAGAAGCAGUGAUGAGGAAAAGCUGCUGUGCUUGGUUCGUCAGCGUGCAGGACACCACUGUCAAACUGCUGUCAUUGUGAUACUUAUUUUGGCUUGGGAAGGGAUACCUCACCUUCUGGCAGACACACUCUACAAGGAACUGACUCAAAGUCUCAGAAAAUAUGGCUGUCCUACCAGCCGUAGGUGUGCGCUAAAUGAGGACCGUACCUGUGCCUGUCAAGGUCUCGAUCCGGAAACAUGUGGAGCAUCAUUCUCAUUUGGCUGUUCAUGGAGCAUGUAUUACAAUGGCUGUAAGUUUGCCAGAAGCAAAAUCCCAAGGAAGUUUAGACUUCUCACAGAUGAUCACAAGCAAGAAGAAAAUCUGGGAAAUAAUUUGCAAACGUUAGCUACUGAUGUGGCUCCGCUGUAUCAGAAACUUGCCCCUGAUGCUUUCCAGAAUCAGGUGGAAAAUGAGCAUCUUGGCCCUGACUGUCGGCUUGGGAUCAAAAAUGGACGACCUUUUUCUGGUGUCACAGCUUGUAUUGACUUCUGUGCACAUGCCCAUAGGGACACACAUAACAUGCACAAUGGAAGCACUGUGGUUUGUACUUUAACAAAAGAAGAUAAUCGCACGGUAGGGGUGAUACCAAAUGAUGAACAGCUGCAUGUGUUACCUCUUUACAAAAUUUCACAAACAGAUGAAUUUGGCACAAAGGAGGGGCUGGAAGCCAAGAUAAAAGCUGGGGCAAUAGAGGUGCUUACUGCUUUUCCACGAGAAGUAAGAAGGUUAGCUGAGCCACGCAGACCAACAAAGAAGAAGAAAUCAGAAACAAAGAAGCAAGCUUCAGCAGAAAAGAAGCAUUCUAAACCUGUAAAAGGGAAAAAUGGAGUAUCUGAAAACAACAGUAAAGCUUCACUGAACUUAGGGAACAAAACUAAUACAUUGCAAGCUGGAACAAAAGUGGAGUUUGAUGAUCAUCUUUCAGCCAUAAAACAUACUUCAGACACUACUAAAAAUUGCUGUGUAUUAAAGCAAUAUGCUCCUUCCUCACCUUUAAAGCUGGAUAGUUUACCCCCUUGUUCUCCAUUAACUCACACAGCUGGUGGUAUAAUGCCAUUGACUAACAGUCAACAAGAUUUUUCGAUUCCCUACGGGUAUUUGCAGUGCAGCAGUAACAAACCUCAUAUGGCACCCAAAGGUAAGAACCUUGAUGUGUCCACUAGUGAUCAUACUGGAAUUUCAUUGGAUGAGAAGAAGAAUGACCUGCCCCCAGGUCUAAAAGACAUUGCUGUUUCAAAAUCCACAUCCAACACAGAGAAUCUGCCCCACACACUUGAACAAAAAGUAGUCGACAAGCCAAAUUGUGAAAUUAAGUUAGAAAACUCUCCUGUCUCACAGUUGGGUAAUUCUUGUGAGUCAUUAUCGCUGUUGAAUGCUUCAGAAAAUAUAGUCCGAAAUGAAAUUAAUUCUUCCCAGGACCAUCCAAUGCAGAAAGAUGGUUUCACCCAAAGCCCAAAUUAUGAUUCUGCAGUUGUGGAUACACAGCCAAAUACUGAGCUCCUAAAAUGUACAGAUUCUGAAGAAAAAGCGGAAGAAAUGUGGUCAGACAGUGAGCAUAACUUUUUGGAUAAUGACAUUGGUGGCGUAGCUGUAGCACCAUCACAUGGCUCCAUCCUAAUUGAAUGUGCACGCCGUGAACUACAUGCUACAACUCCUAUUAAAAAGCCAAAUAGGAAUCAUCCCACACGGAUCUCUUUAGUCUUCUACCAACACAAAAACUUGAAUGAACCAAAACAUGGAAUAGCGCUGUGGGAGGCAAAAAUGGCUGAGAAGGCAAAAGAGAAAGAAGCAGAAAAAUUGACCACUGAAAAUAUCAAGCUCCAAACAAGUGGCAGAAGUGCCCAGCAGUCCAAUGCCUCUAGAGAGAUUUUCUGUGAAGACAAUGAAUUCAACCAAAUCCCAUCCCGUCGAGCAUUAACUGUAACUCAUGAUAACAUCAUAACAGUGUCUACUUACGCCCUCACACGGGUUGCAGGGCCGUAUAACCAUUGGGCAUAAGUUUUUAUAGCAACUCUACAACUUUUGCCUUGGAGCAGUGUUACACAAUAAUUCCUAAAGGUGCUGUCAAAGAACAAAGUCUUCUAUGGUUUACUCUUUCUUCAUCUCAACCAUUUUGAAGGCUGAGGUUUAAAAAAUAAUGAUUUUUUUUUCUUAAACUGUGACUUUGUAUAUUUUAACAUCUGGUGAUUCUGAAGCACAUUUUAAGCAAAAAAAAAAGUGUAUUGUAUAGUUAAAUGAUUUUGACUAGGUUAUUAACCCUAAUUGAAUUAUUCAGUUUAUUACCUUUUCAGGAUUUAUACUUUGGUGCUUUGAAUCGUCUGUUUACUACAGAUGGGCUUUUUAUAACGAUUUUAACAGAUAUCACCUUAUUAAGAUGUAAAAUCAAGUUAGACAGUAUUAGCUAUACACAGCUCUUGGUGCUUAAUUACAUUAAACAGUUAAAGAUAAGCUGGUUUUAUUUCUUCAUGGUGCCAUUGCUCCAACAGCUUCCAGUCAGUGAAGCCCAACUUGAGGUUAAAGAACCAAUGAUGAUUUUAUCUGUGUAUAGAUUUUUCAUAUAUGUAUAGUUUGUAUGCGAGAGAGAACCACACAGAUCCACAUACAAACAAUAUCACUAGUGGUGGUUGGAGGUUGUAAGCUGUAAAUAGAUAUAUUAAAAAGCACUUUCUAUUUUUAAAGUUAACUUGAAAUAGUAUAAGGAUAACAUUUGUCUAAGGUUUGUGCAUUCUCUACCAAGAAGUUUAUUUUUUUCUUACUGUGUAGAGUUCCAUAUUGCUACAACAACAGUUCAUAUAUGUUAAAGAUACUUGGUUUUUAGGCUCCCCCCCCCCUCUUUUCCUCAGUGAAAUUUUUGGGUUUUUUUUUAAACAAAAGGCUAAUAAAUGCAGACAGUUCAAUAUGUACAAAUAUAAAUUAGGAAGCAUUUUGUCCAUAUCUGUAUCGCUAUGGUAUUUUGUUGCAAGAAAUAAUUUGCUAUUGUUUAUUUGAGCAAUUAGUACUGUACACCAAUCUCUUUCUAUGUCUGUCUCUCCAUGUGGAGCAUUGAAAGCUACAUACGGAAACCAAAUUUUCCUAGAGCCUCAGGGGUAGAAUUGUUAUGGCAUCUGAAACUGCCUGCCUCUAGAGCUGCCUUAUUAAUAUUCUGGAUUUUAAAAGAGAGACUUCCAGUAUCAGCUGUUUUUGUGCUCUAUUUGAGUUCAUUAAAACUUCUAGAGUGUUCAUCAACUGUUGUCAAUUCAAGAAAGGGUUUAUUAGCAUGCAGCCCAUUCUUAUGCAUGUUUACUCAAAACAAAGUCCCACUGUGUUCUCUGGAGCUUGUUCCCAAGUAAGUUAACAUAGGAUUGCAGCCUUAUUGUAUAAUUUUCCCAUUUCAUGUAAAAAGAGAGACAGUAUCAUCCAAGUAGCUUUCUAAGGCAUUAGUUCCACAAAAUGUUGUACAUAGAAGGGACUAGAACAUGCAGAAAGUCCCAUAUUUAAUCCCAGAUAUCUCCAGUAAAAAAAACAAGAAAUAUCAAUAGGCAGAGGUUCAUAUUGUGUUGUGUCUCUAAAUGUGCAUCAUAACUUGUGAAUUAUGGUCAUCUUUUUUCCUUAAAUGUUUGAUUGAUGCAUUACUUCCCCAAGAAUUGCAGAUAUAGUCUUUAUGAGCUGUUUUGAAGGUACCAGUUCACUCAGACUAGCAAACUGUGGACAUUUCAUCCUACAAACUAACUUCCAAUUUGUAGUUUGUGCCAGAGUUUGCUAUCUCCCUUCAGGAGCUGGAAAGAUUUGCUUUUGUGACUUAGAACUCUCAGAAAUCCCUAUGCCAAUCUCGCCACUGAGUGCAAACUGAGGGAUUUCUAUAACUGUAGUUUAAAAAAGGUAAAUUUCCAAAUUCCAUAUAAAGGUUGCACAGGUUUUUGAUCAAAUGCUUUGGAGGAGAAAAACUGAACAGGCAUAACCAUAGCAAACAGAACUGGCUCCAAGAUGUUCUGCUUGUCUGUGGUGAAGGAUGCGGUGGUACCCUCCCUUUCAGUCUACAGAUAGUUGAACCUUGCUUCAAUACUGGUGGUAGGACAAGAUACUCCACUUGAGCUCUGGAUAGCAGAUUAGUUUAGGAGGCGUAGGGCAAGAUGUAUGGCACACAGAGUGGUGUCCUCCCACUUUGCCAUGACUACCCACUUUCUCUCAGGUGGCCACUUAAUUCUGAAUGAUUCAGCAACCACAAGCUUUAGCAUCAGUCUUAACACGUAUCUUAACAUCUGAAAUCAUACACUAGUAUGUACAUGAAUAGCAUCUCUCCCUGAUGCUGUUGUAUAAUGAGAAGCUGAUAGAAAAAUACUUCAAAUUUUUAAGUGGACACUGACAGGUCUCAUGGAAGGAAGGAGUCUAUAUUCCUAGACAACAGCAUCAGAUUUUUAGUUGACUAGAUGCCUUCAGUUUUAGCUACCCUGAUAAUGUGAAUGCAGGUGGGGAUACUAACAGAUUUAAGUGUUUGAGUCCCAUGGCCAAGUGAAUGAUCUGGAAGCAUCUGUGGUGCCAUAUUAGUUAAGUUAAAGAGUUAAAGAGAGAUGGGACUGAUUAGACCCAUUUGAAUAAAAGGGCAGUGGGAGACUGAUGUAAAUUCGGCUGUGAGGGUUAUGGGAGAAAUAUGUAUAACAGUCUGCCACAGAAAAAGCAGAUUGUGUAGAUCAGACUGUAAUUUCAAAUAUUACAUUAACCAAUUUACCUUGUCUGGAUAGUAGCAUUCUAAACAUCAGGGAACGAUAAACAGACCCUGAAAUAUUGUAGGGUUCUACUUUUCUCCUCUUCUUUUUCUUGGUGAACAAACCAAACAUAGACCCAGUACCAGUGUUGAUAAGAAUUAUGCAUUUCAAUAUGCAGGAGAUACCGGAUUCAUGGUCACUGCACUCUGAAUUAACAUCAUUUAUAUGAACAUUAGUUGUCAUCCAUAAGGUAAAUGCCCCCUGUGGUAAAUUCCACAGCUGUAAACAAGACACUGUCAUUUUAUUAAUAACAUACUUGAUAUUAUAUUGUAGUGGUGCUGUAAUUAAUAAUGUCUAGAUCUGCUCUUUUGCAAAACCUAGACAAGGUGCUUUUAUUUUACUCUCUUUUUUGAAGAUGUCCAACACAGUCGUGUGUUGAACCUGAAAAUGCUUUGGUUGGAGAGGGAGUCGAAAUAUGUGAAUUCUUUAGUUUACUCAGAGGGGUCGAUUGAUUUUUGUUGUGUAGAAAUGCCAAUGGCAAACUUGUCUUGCCUGGAGCUUCUUUGCCUCCAAUCCAGGCUUUGGGAGAACCCCACAAGAGGCUGCAUUCCUGUAUGUAGAGUUCCUCAUGCUCUAGAGAUAACAUGUUGGGCAAAGUAAAGAGUAAGGAUGGGAUCUGGAUCAGAGCUUGGAAGAGUUGGCUUACAGUUCCCAGAAUUCCCCAGCCAGCAUGACUAGUGGACAUACAGGGUGGUUCAAAAAGAAUGGUGCAAAACCGAAUCACUCAGUAUUAGUGUGUGUUUGUGGGAAUCCAGGAGUCAUAGUCCCCCAGAGUAACUUUUCCAAGCUUUGACAUGAAUAAGGAAUGGAUGAGAACCUAAUUUCAGUUCAUUUUUUUACAAGAGUUUACAAUAACUCACAUUUCCUGAGAUGAGAUAAACUUGUUUUUUUUUUAAUUAAAAAAAAAGAACUUGGGAGGAACAAAAAUAGAAAGAUUUGCUUAUUUAGGUCAAGACCAUAGGCUCUUAAAAGUCUAGGUUUGAAUCCAUAUGUAUUCAGUCAUGUUCAGACUAGAUUAGGAUUGCCAGUUCUUUUUUCUUAGAGGCUUCAUCUUCAGUCCCUGUAUGGCAGACAGGCACAAUAUUAUCCUUACCUUGCUAGGAAUAACUGUACCUUUUGAAUUUGGCUGUUGCAAAUGAGAGGUGAUUUCAUUGUAAUUGAUUUUUUAAGAAUUUACUGAAAUUCACACAUUUUUCAUAACCUUGAUGUUAAAAAAAAAUUGAAUGCACAAGAAAGUGAAACUGCUAGAUUUCCCCAUCUGUAGUCUGAACAGUUAGAGACAAUUGGCCCUGUGCCUUUCAGGAGCUAAUAUAUGUAUGUAACCUGGUGCUAUAUUCACGACUGGUGCUAUAUAUCCAACCCAUUAAGUAGACCUUCACCCCCCCACCCCACUCAAACAGCUGAACAAGCAAAAAACAGUUUUUGUUUGCCUACCUAUCUCACUGUAUGUUAAUCCUUUAAGUAUCAUUGAAAUCAAUGGUAUGUAACCAGAUUUCUAUGGGGAGUAAUCCUGUUUACUUUGAUUUGUGUUUCUGAGUGUGAUCCUACAGACUCUUGAGGAAUCUUAUGUCAUCAAAACUUAGAAUUAUGGGUGAAAAUAUUUUAUUACACUCGCUUACCUAACUGUCAGUCACAAUCCAAUACCAUUGAGACCGUUUCUACGGUCUUUAUCAAACAGCUGAUUAAAUCAAUCACUUAUAACAUCCUAAUAAAACAUAUGGGAGGAAGAUGUCAACAUGUUCUACUUAAAAAAACACCUACUCACAUGCUGCAUUUUCCAUAGUUCAAAAAUUUCAGUUAGCUCAAACAGAGGAGUUUGUAGGGAUUGUAAAUAAACUAGAGGUCGAUAUUACACCAUCAUUUUGUAUCAGCAGUUUUCUGCUUCUUGAGUAUCUAUAUACAGUAAAUUGUUAUGGUAUUUUUGUGUGCCUUAGACUUCCAUUUUAAAAUCUGUAUAUAUUUUGUGAGCCUGAGAGUUAAAAAAUAACAGCUGUCUAUACAGUAAGUUGGACUUCAAAUUCCUUCAGUUACUCAUAUGUGGAAAGGUUUUUUAUAGCUGCCGAUUCACUCUUUAUGAUAAUUGUUCUGUAGAAAGAGGACUUCAAAGAAAAGAUCAGCAGAGAAAUUACCAUACCUGCAUAAUUUUAUUUAGUGCAAGAGUGAAUUUUCCCCAGCAACAGGUUUUUAAUAUCUGUGUAAUGGGAGUAUUUCUGUUCCAUUGUAAAUUUCAAUUGUAUCUCUUAAGCAUAAUUACCUCUGAUUGAAAUCAUUGGAGUUUACUUUUCAGUAGGCAUGUACAGGGAUUCCUCUGUUAACAUGUUUGAGGAGCACACCUUUGUAACAAACACAGCAGUUGUGAACUGAAUUUAUUUUGAUUUUCUCUAUAAAUACUGGCCCCCUUAUAUGAAUUUUAAAUCUUGAAACCAAUUAAUUAAGCAUCACCAAAUGCUGAAGGAUCAGAAGAGGCAUAUCUAAUUAUAUUGGCUUAUAUCCAAUUGCUAGUCGCUACAGAAGUAGACCCCCUUGAUUCAGUGGAAGGUACAUAAAUGUUGACUUACCAUUCUGCAUUUGAUUCAGUGAGUCUAAAUGGGAAUACCAAUUAGAUUUAGGCCAGUAUCUUUAAACAGUUUUUUGUCUGCUACAGAAUUUUCACAGAGCUCCUAUAAGAAAAAUGUAUUCUGUUUUAAAAAGAAAGCAAGUUUUAAAAUGACAGUGCUAAAUGGGAGAUGUAUUGGCAGCCUGAUCCAUUAUUUGCAAGUCCAACUGAUUGUAGAUGGUUCCGUUAAUUUCCUUGAGGUAUGUUUCCACAUAACAAGUUUAAGGGGAUUAUAUUACUAUUUUUAGCAGCAUAUAAAAUUUAAUUACGUACAGUCUUUAACCAAAACAUUUAAAAUAUACUAUUGAAAUUAUGAGAAAUGUUUCUGUUCCAAUUUCUCUUCUAUGUUUUAAUUACUUUAGAAUUAAUGUGUAAAAUGGCAUUGCUGCCUAAUAAGCAAUGUAGCAAAUUGUGCUUUAAAUUAUCUGAUGUAACUGCCGUUUGGAGAGCAAAUAUGAACAAGCAUACAUGAAAACUGAGAAUUGGCAACUACUUACUGUAUAUACAAUUGUGUGCUAUUUAUUGUAAUUUCACAAUAUGUAUACUUUUUACAUAGAAAUCAGUGUAAUUUGUGAAUGAGCCUAUAGCUACAGAAGCUAGUAAUGCUACUGUUGUCUUGUAAUAAUGACUCUGGGUUGUGACAAGCAGCAAAAUCCUCCAACUGCUGCAGCAACACAAAUUCCUUUCAAAGCAGUUUGGUCUAAAAUGUCCUAUUGCUUUCAGUGGUAUCUUUCUAGUCUGUCUGGUUCAGGAGUUAGUGAUUAAAAAUGAUAGGAAUACACAUAACCUAAAAGAAAUUGUUAAUCCCAAAUACAGUAGAUCCAUUGAAUUAAUGGAAUCUAUGUAAGUGCUGACUUACCAUUCAGCAAUUGAUUCCAGUAGGUCUACUCCAUCUAGAGUUGGAUUUAGGGCUACAUACAUACAUACAUACAUAUAUUAAUAUGUUAUUUUUCUUAAUCUGCCAUAACAAAUACUCAUUGAUGCUUUCAGAUCUGCUUCUGGCAUAUUAUUCAUUUUGGUCUUCUAAGAGAGGGCAUCUUGUUAGUGUCCACGUUCCUAGUUCAGUUGACAGAGUUCUGUGAAAUGUAAGUGGACUGUAGGCAUUUUGUUUUCAUUUGGAUAAGUGCGGGUGUGCAUGAAGUCUCUGUGUUGUAUCCUUCACUAGUUCAGACUGGAAAGUUCCAGUUGCACUUCAUUAUGUUUUUCAAAACACCACAGUUUUAUAUAGUCAUGAUGUGCUAUAAACUUUCCAUUUGGACAUUAUCUGUGCAUCAUACAGUAAUGAAAGAAAUGGGAACUUUGUAGGACCAGCUUUCUUAAAAUGACAAAAUUCACCUGAAUGUUAUGAAAAAUAGCAUACAUUCCUGGAAUGUUGAGAGUCAACCUUAGAUCUUUUCCCCCUUUCUAACCCCUGCCCUAGGAACAACUCAUGAGGGUCUUAAAUAUUAUUCUCAUAUCCUGCAGGAGCAUUAUAAAGUUAUACAUUAAUAUUCAGGCAACUCAUAGCAGUUUUAACUAACUAUAGAUACUACAUGUUAUCUAUUCUGUGAAUUAGGCUGAUUUCCAUGACCCCAGUUAGGAAAAGUUAAUUAUGCUUAAAUCCCAUUGAAAUUAAUAGGUCUUAAUCAUGAUAUUGGUUUCAUUGGGACUAAAACAUAAUUAGUACUGUUUGCAGCAGGGCCAAUAUUUUAAUGUUUGUUUAUCUGCAUGGCUUCCAAUGUUUGAAUAUUCCAGCAUUUCUUUUUCCCCAUUGUGUAGACUAGAUAAAUAAUUCUUAUGUCUUAGCAUAACAUUGUAUUAUUAGAGACCAUUAUACUUUUAGUUUAUAAUUAAACUGAAUAAUUUCUUUAAAUAUUACCAGUCAUUUACUCGGCAUAUUGAUAUGGUGCUGGUUAACUAGCACAGGGAUAGUUAAAACUUUAUUUGAAUCCAUAUUCAAAUCACAGGGUGAAAUCCAGUUUGGACUUUAUGUAUGCAUACACACACAUGUACACACAUCGUGCCCUGAAUGCUGCUCUGGAAGGCUUCAUUGGCAAGAGGGACUGGUUAGAUAAAACCCAUAGAAUCCAAUGCUACCAUCAAUGAGUGUGGCACUAUAUUUAAAAAAACCUAUUCAUUGUGUCCAAUAACAAUUGUCCUCCUCUAGUUAGGGUUUACUAUUAGAUCAUUCCUUUUUUUCUAAGUGUGGCUUAGAAAUGCUUUUGUAAACUACAGCCUCAGAAAUCUCUUAACCAGCAUGGCCAGUGGUCAUGUACCGGUAUAUCAAAAGUCUAGCCAGUGGUCAAGUUGGCUAGUGAUUUGGGAAGUCAUAGUCUCAAAGAAUAGCUCUGAUCUCUAUUCUUCUUCCAGUAAUUGUGACAUACAGCUUAAGAGACAUCUGUUGUAAAAUGGUCACAGUGUUAUACUUCCUACAUGGGGAUUUUUAAAAAACAUAUGUACAUCUAAGGUCUCCCAUAAUUUAGGCAGAAUCCUGAGUGCAAGGAACUUGAGAAGUAAACACUGAAUGAGUAAGGCAAAGUGAAUAAAAGUUACAAAAGGGAAACAACAUGAGGGCAACUUCCCACGUUAUAGAAUUAGUGGAUAGUAAAAUAUAUCAUGGCCCUGCUUUCAUCUAAUGAAUCAGAUACGUAAUGUUGUAUUUAGCCACAUGUAAAUCAGGGAGUUCGAGUUUGUUGUACUCCCUCACAUAAUUUUAAAAUAAACCUUAUUUUAAAAAAACAUUGCUUCCUCAUAAUUUUUUAUAAUGCAGCUAAUACUGUAUAGUGGUUAGAUGGUGCUAUAGCUAAAAAAAAUGACUCUUGGAAGUUCUUUCACAAAAUCAGGCAGUUGUCUGCCACAUCCAUUGAAAAAAGUGGAAUGUUGGCUAGCAAUAAGCAAUACUACACAGUUUUCACUCUAAAGAUCUGGGGUGGGAAUAAUGAGGCCUCCAGAUGUUGGUGAACAGCAACUUGCAACAGCCUUAGCCAGCAUAACCAACUUUAACAGAUGGUGAGACUUGCAGUCCAGCAACAUCUGGAGGGCCACACAAUUCCUCCCUCUGCUCUGUAUUUUUCUAAAAGUUUAAAUGGAGCUGUACAAUUGGCACAUAUCUAUCUUAACCCUUUUUUAAGAGUAAGCAAUCAAGUGCUGCCAGUGCAUUUAAUUAACAUGAUUCAACACAUACAAAAAUGGUGCUGUUGUAAAUGUAGUCUUGGUUUUAUGAUUAUCUGAAAUAGUGUUGCUGCAUGAAAAAAGUGGUGUCAGAUGUAAUGAACAACAUUUUAUUACAACUUCUUAGGUGUUGAAAACUGAGGCAGAUUUUCACCAGUCCUUUAUAUCCAUCUUGCAGGGUAAACAGGCACUAUAGUAGAAAUGUGUAGCAUUCCUACUUAAUAACAAGAGAUUUGAGUUGAUAAGUUAUGUUCAGUGUGAAGAUUUGCACCUUCAGUGCUGGAGGGAAGUACAGAAAGCCUUAUUAUAAAAGGAAACCAAAAAAGUCAAUUGUGCAAUCUAUAAAGGAUUAUUUUUCUUAUGUUCCUCCACUUUUUUUUUAACCAUAUACAGACCAGUAAGAUCGUACCAUUAUAUUUGUCUUUAGCUUUGGAAAUUAGAAAUCAAAAUUUAGCUCAGGUGGAUGUAGUUUUGGAGUUUAUAGACAUAUCCUACGCUACUUUGCCGACAGAAGGAAUGUGGUUACUGAUUUGUAUCAUGCGAUGGUUAUCCAAGCCAUGAUAUUGAUAGAAUGUGGUAGACUGUGGAUAAUUUCUGCAUCUGGGCAAUGUUUAAUCUAACAGAUGUUUUACAAAUAAUGGUUUUUAUGAUCUGUGCUCUUUGAUCUUUUGAGAUAGCAUAGAAUUUUUAUCCAGUUCCACUCCCUAUUACAGUAAAUGGAAAUAUAUUUGUAGUAACUCUUUCAUACUAAUUACAGAGUGAUUGCUCUUGAGCCUAAUAGUUGUAGUGGGUGGUGUAUGUUCACAGAUCUCUGUAGGACUGACAUGUGAAUGUAGUGGUGCUAGGCAGCAAAAGAAUGAUUGACCCAAGCCUGUAGUUCUGAUAAAUAAACUUUGCAGUUGAAAAGUUACUCUAGAACUGUAUACCUUAGGGAUGGCAUAUGUAUGACCCUCCAGGAGUUCUUGAACAGCAGGCUCCGUGAGCUCGCACUACUGGCUAUGAUGGCUAGGGCUGAUGAGAUUUCCAGUUCACCCAUUUGUGGACAACCAUGCAUUUCUCAUUCCUGGUGUACAUAUUCAAAAAUUGGGGAGAAUUGAUUUUUUGAACAAAGCUACUUUACAUACUAGUUCAGUGGUUGGAUUCUGAGAAGUCACUGUCUACAGAAUUGCCUAUGAGCAAACUGGAUCCAACAAUCAUUCACAUAACAGAAUAGCCAUUCACACAACUGUUUCUAUAUGCAGUCACAUACAUUAUGAAUAGUAGUUGUGAAAUUGAUCAACUCUUCCUGUUGUCAGUAGAAGUUUCACCUUAGCAAAUAUUACAUUGCUAAAAAAUAAAUUAGAAUUAAAAAUUGUAGUGAUGUAGUUGAGGGGGGGCACCUCAAAUUUAGGGUAAUCUGAGCUCUUUUUAAAAAGGAAGGAAGGUUAGAUUACACUGGUACAGUGUAAUUUACAGAGACACGCAUCAGGCAAUUCAGAUAAUAGGAUUCCAGCUAUAUAUAAUGUGCAUAUUUAAUACAUGCUUAACUCAUGGCAGGAGUUGUCCUUGCUUUUGUGAAUGCCAUUUUGUAGUUCUAGCAAGCCUGGCAGCUUUGAGGUUCUGUGUAUUGUGUCCUUCACUGCUGAAUUUAGCUAUUCCCCAAGAUUUCAAAGCCAGAUACAUUAGAAAUGCUUUGUAAAAUAUAACAAAUCUAGUAUUCACAGUAGUUACAGAAGAUUUUGAUAUUAGAUGUUUUAAGACCUUAUAGUUCCAGGUUUUUAAGAACCAUUUGUUUUUCAUCUUCAGUUUGAGAAGUAGAAUACUAUUCUACAUGUGUGUGAGGUGUGAACUAAACUAAUGAUGUGCCUAGAAGUGUUGGGGAAGAACUGCAGUUCAGUGCAUCAAGAAAUUUACUGGAUAAUGGCCAUGGUGAUCAGAAAACAAGGGAGCAACCUAGCAAGAGUUAUGACUUACAGCCAAUCCUAGGAACGUUAAUGAAUUUUACAGGAGUUAUUCACAAGUAAGGUGUCUUGGAAUGCAGCUAUGCAAUCUGGUCCAGAGCAUGUUUACUCAGAAGUAAAUACUACUUGGUUUAGUGGGGCUUAUGUAACUUUAAAUACAAUUGCAAUCUUGGCAUCAUCAAAAAAGGCGGGGCAUCGAAUUAGGAUUAAACCACGUUGUGUUUGGUGUGGCUUUCCCCCAGGUAUUUGUCUGUAUAUAUUAACAAGAGUUUUGCCCUCAGAAGUAAGGGGUCACCUUUUUAUUUUUAUUUGUUCAUCCCAGUUUUCUGAAGUAUAGUCUUAGGAGUUUAUCACACGGGAGGAAUUUCUCUUAAUUUCGAAUGAAAAGAAAGUGGGGCCAGAACGCAUU